GCCCUCUGACAAGCCCACCAGGCCGGCGGCUGAGAUGGCUGUGACCCUGGGCUGACCCACCCGGAGCUGGGGAGACAGAGAGGCUUGUGGUUGGAUAGCGGCCUGGGCGUGCUGCUCCUGCCCUCUGUCCUUGCCCUGCCAGAGCUGCUGCCUGCAGGAGCUGGGCGUGAACCCGCGCUGGGACCAAGCCCGCAGGGAGGACGAGGGAGCCCCGGGAGCUCCAGCAGGCUGCGGCUGAGCUGAUCUUCAUUGCCCCCAACUCCCGCGAGGCUGGGAUCGGGGAGCCUUGGACGCCCAGCCUCAGGCAGCAUGAACGCUGCCGUCCGGGCCGUGACGCGCAUGGGCAUUUAUGUGGGCGCUAAAGUCUUCCUCAUCUACGAGGGCUACGAGGGCCUCGUGGAGGGAGGUGAGAACAUCAAGCAGGCCAACUGGCUGAGCGUCUCCAACAUCAUCCAGCUGGGUGGCACUGUCAUUGGCAGCGCCCGAUGCAAGGCAUUUACCACCCGGGAGGGCCGCCGGGCAGCGGCCUACAACCUGGUCCAGCGUGGCAUCACCAACCUGUGCGUCAUUGGUGGGGACGGCAGCCUCACGGGUGCCAACAUCUUCCGCAGCGAGUGGGGCAGCCUGCUGGAGGAGCUGGUGGCGGAAGGUAAGAUCUCCGAGUCCACGGCCCAGACCUACUCGCACCUGAACAUCGCCGGCCUGGUGGGCUCCAUUGACAAUGACUUUUGUGGCACCGACAUGACCAUCGGCACGGACUCGGCCCUGCACCGCAUCAUGGAGGUCAUCGACGCCAUCACCACGACCGCCCAGAGCCACCAGAGGACCUUCGUGCUGGAGGUGAUGGGCCGGCACUGUGGGUACCUGGCGCUGGUGUCUGCGCUGGCCUCGGGGGCCGACUGGCUGUUCAUCCCUGAGUCCCCUCCUGAGGAUGGCUGGGAGAACUUCAUGUGCGAGAGGCUGGGUGAGACUCGGAGCCGAGGGUCCCGCCUGAACAUCAUCAUCAUUGCCGAGGGUGCCAUCGACCGCCGCGGGAAGCCCAUCUCAUCCAGCUACGUGAAGGACCUGGUGGUUCAGAGGCUGGGCUUUGACACCCGAGUGACCGUGCUGGGCCACGUGCAGCGGGGAGGAACGCCCUCCGCCUUCGACCGAGUCCUGAGCAGCAAGAUGGGCAUGGAGGCAGUGAUGGCGCUGCUGGAGGCCACACCCGACACGCCGGCCUGCGUGGUCAGCCUCUCGGGGAACCAGUCGGUGCGGCUGCCCCUCAUGGAGUGCGUGCAGAUGACCAAGGAAGUACAGAAGGCCAUGGACGACAAGAGGUUUGACGAGGCCAUCCAGCUCCGUGGCAGGAGCUUCGAGAACAACUGGAACAUCUACAAGCUCCUCGCCCACCAGAAGCUCUCCAAGGAGAAGUCCAACUUCUCCCUGGCCAUCCUGAACGUGGGGGCCCCGGCGGCCGGCAUGAACGCGGCUGUGCGCUCGGCGGUGCGGACCGGCAUCUCCCAGGGCCACACGGUCUACGUCGUGCACGAUGGCUUCGAAGGCCUGGCCAAGGGUCAGGUGCAGGAAGUGGGCUGGCACGACGUGGCUGGCUGGUUGGGGCGUGGUGGCUCCAUGCUGGGGACCAAGAGGACCCUGCCCAAGGGCCACCUGGAGUCCAUCGUGGAGAACAUCCGCACCUACGGCAUCCACGCCCUGCUGGCCGUCGGCGGGUUUGAGGCCUACGAGGGGGUGCUGCAGCUGGUGGAGGCACGCGGGCGUUACGAGGAGCUCUGCAUCGUCAUGUGCGUCAUCCCGGCCACCAUCAGCAACAACGUCCCUGGCACCGACUUCAGCCUGGGCUCCGAUACCGCCGUCAACGCUGCCAUGGAGAGCUGUGACCGCAUCAAGCAGUCUGCCUCGGGGACCAAGCGCCGCGUGUUCAUCGUGGAGACCAUGGGGGGCUACUGCGGCUACCUGGCCACCGUGACCGGCAUCGCCGUGGGGGCUGACGCCGCCUACGUCUUUGAGGACCCCUUCAACAUCCACGACCUGAAGGCCAACGUGGAGCACAUGACGGAGAAGAUGAAGACGGACAUUCAGAGGGGCCUGGUGCUGCGGAACGAGAAGUGCCACGACCAUUACACCACGGAGUUCCUGUACAACCUCUACUCGUCAGAGGGCAAGGGCGUCUUCGACUGCAGGACCAAUGUGCUGGGCCACCUGCAGCAGGGUGGCGCUCCGACCCCCUUUGACCGGAACUAUGGCACCAAGCUGGGGGUGAAGGCCAUGCUCUGGGCGUCGGAGAAGCUGCGUGAAGUUUACCGCAAGGGCCGGGUGUUUGCCAAUGCCCCAGACUCUGCCUGUGUGAUCGGCCUGAAGAAGAAGGCGGUGGCCUUCAGCCCUGUCACGGAGCUGAAGAAAGACACUGAUUUUGAGCACCGCAUGCCGCGGGAGCAGUGGUGGCUGAGCCUGCGGCUCAUGCUGAAGAUGCUGGCGCACUACCGCAUCAGCAUGGCUGCCUACGUGUCAGGGGAGCUGGAGCAUGUGACCCGCCGCACUCUGAGCAUGGAAAAGGGCUUCUGAGGCCACGGCCAUGCCCCUCCCGGCCCCGACCACACCAGCUGGUCUGUGACGCCAGCUGUAGCACAGAGCUGCACACCAGCUGGGGCCUGGGCUUUUGUGUCUGGAGCCUGCAGGCAGGUGCGGCUGCGGCCUUGCUCGGCCCAGCCGUGCCUGUAUUCCUGGCCACCCACCAGGCCUCCGGGGCUGGUGCCUUGAGACCAGCCUGCCAGGCCCUCCAGCAGGAGGACAGAGCGCCCUGAGAUAUGUUCCUGCCCAGGGGACGUGGGGCUGUUGGUGUUUGGAGGCUGCUGCCCCUGGCUUUGGCGCCCCAUAGGCCCAAAGCCUCUCCCUACGCUGGGCUCACUCACAUGGGCCAGCCGAUGC